CUUCCGCUUUUCAACCUCAACUGUAUUUCCUUUUAAUUCGCUGUCUCUCUUCCUUUCCCUUCACAUUUUCAUGCUUCAAAUAAGCACAUGGCUGAUGAGAAUCCAACCCAAGCUUCCCCUUUGGCAGAUGCGCCACCGCCACAGCCGCUGCCGCCGACAGUAACCGAGUCUGAUUCACCCGCUGUUGUAGAAAAAGAAGACCCUUCUCCGGCAUCUCCUGUAGCAGCUGUGUCUGUUCCUGUUACGGAAUCUGUUUCAACGACUAUAGCAGAAAAAGAAGAGUUGAUGCUGCCGCCUCCACUGCCAACGGAACUUGUAAAAUUGGAACCUGAUUCAUCGGAUAAAGGAGAAAAGGAAGAGUUGCCUCCACUGUCACCACCGCCCCCAGUUGAGUCAAAAUCUGAGUCACCAGCUGUAACAGAGAAGCCAAAGGAAGAAGGGCCACCUGCUCUAGCAGCAGCAACUGUAGCGGUGUCGGAAUCUGAGCUGCAGCAACCAGCUGCAUUGCCGCUGCAGGAAGUGGUUACUGUAUCGAUGUCGAUGAUGGCGAUUAUGGAGAAAGAAGAGGCAGGUGCACCAGAGCCUACUGUGUCUAGUACUACAACAACUAGUGCCCAGGGAGAGUUGGCUGCUGUGGUUGAAGAGAAAAAGAUUCCUCAAAACUUUGGUUCUUUCAAAGAGGAAAGCAACAUAGUGGCUGAUCUACCUGAUUUUGAAAGAAAAGCUUUCGAAGAGCUAAAGCAGUUUGUUCAAGAAGCUGUUGACACUCACCUUUUCACAUCAGAAACCAAAAGUGACGAAAACACAGUAAAGGAAAAGAAAGAAGAACCAAAAGAGGUUACCAUUUGGGGUAUCCCUCUUUUAGAAGAUGAUAGGAGUGAUGUUAUCCUUUUGAAGUUUUUAAGAGCAAGGGAUUUCAAAGUGAAGGAUGCGUUUAUAAUGAUCAAAAACACGAUCCAGUGGAGGAAAGCGUUUGGAAUCGAUGAGCUUUUGGGUGAAGAUCUCGGUGAUGAUAUGGAGAAAGUUGUGUUCAUGCAUGGACAAGAUAGGGAAGGACAUCCUGUUUGUUACAAUGUUUAUGGGGAGUUUCAGAAUAAAGAUUUGUACCGGAAAGCGUUUUCGGAUGAGGAGAAGCGAAUGAAGUUUCUGCGUUGGCGUAUUCAGUUCUUGGAGAAGAGUAUUAGAAAGCUUGAUUUUAGUCCUGCUGGUGUUUCCACUAUUUUCCAGGUCAGUGACCUCAAGAAUUCUCCUGGACCUGGAAGACGGGAGCUUAGGUUGGCUACGAAACAGGCUCUUCAGUUGCUUCAGGACAACUAUCCCGAGUUUGUUGCAAAACAGGUGUUUGUUAAUGUUCCUUGGUGGUAUCUAGCUUUCUAUACAAUGAUUAGUCCAUUUAUGACCCAGAGAACCAAGAGCAAGUUUGUUUUUGCAGGGCCAGCAAAAUCCGCUGAAACCCUUUUCAAAUACAUACCACCUGAACAAGUGCCAAUUCAAUAUGGUGGCUUGAGUGUGGAUUAUUGUGAUUGCAAUCCAGAAUUCAGCGAUGCUGAUCCUGCCACUGAGAUGACUAUGAAACCAGGGACAAAGCAAACUGUUGAAAUAACAAUCUAUGAGAAAUGUGUUCUUGUUUGGGAAAUCAGGGUAGUUGGGUGGGAGGUGAGCUAUGGAGCUGAAUUUAUGCCUAAUGCUAAAGAUAGCUAUACAGUCAUCAUUCAGAAACCCACGAAGAUGACACAAAAAGAUGAACCAGUGGUGUCUCAAAGCUUCAAAGUUGGUGAAUUGGGUAAACUAUUGCUUACUGUUGACAACCCAACUUCAAAAAGGAAGAAGUUUAUCUACAGGUUUAAGGUUAAACCUUUCUGCGACUGAGGGAGCAUGACUGACAGCAAGUUGCCCAUGGUUUUGAGUUUUGUUUUUGGCAUGUGGGGUUUUGCAGAGAAAUAUAUAUGCUGCUUAUUGAGCAAACAAACUUCGGAAAGGGUGGAGAGAAUUUGGCUGUAAAACUUACUGUGUACCCAAUUGUUUUGUGGUAUUUUGCACUGUAUAUUUUCUUCUUUAUCAUGCCUAUAAUUUGGAACCAUUUUCACUUGUGUAGAUUUGGAAGAUCACAAGUUAUUGUUCGAUUUAUGUAAUCCUUCAGAUUCCAUAUUUCUAUUUGAUAUUAAUUUUCUUUGAAGUAGGAGCCUGUAAUCUCAUUAGGCAUUUAAAUAUUUUUAAGUUGAGGAUAUGGAUAUUUCAGCCUUCUUAUUUGUGGCGUUUGGUGCCUGUAUUUAGCUUAUUCUUUUUGUUUCCAUCUUCUCACAUUGCUAUGAUUAAUGCAUGUUUCAUUUUUUACCAUUCAGCUCAAUCAUGGUUUCUAACUUUUUAUG